AUGUCUCCGAAUGUCUCUGUCCCGCUCUUCGGCCUGUUGCUGCUCUUAGUAGCAGUAAGCGCUUUCCCAUCGGCGUGGUCGCUUGAUUCUCAUUCCAUGGGACUGUCGUCCUUAGACUGGCCACGGUCUACUCCUGUCCGGCGAGAUGUCGAGCCUUUCACCCAAUACCCAAAGCGCGAUGAUGAUCAGGAUAUCCAAGAUACCUGCAAUCCAUUCUCCAUGAUUCAAAACUUCCAUGAGCCCAUUCACAGACUUUAUGCUCAAGGAUACAAUGUCUCCUUGGCUAAAAGAGUCAAAUUGGAAGUCCCUGGUGAUGACACAGACAUGGAUGUGUGGAUGAGAGAACGCACGGAAAUUACGAAACCAAUUGUUUGGGAAGUCAGCCCAGGAACCGACGCCAACACAGCAAUUUUCCGAAGAUUUGGAAGGAAUUCUUUUAGCCUCGGAACGAACGGUCUUUGUGGGUGCAGUUCACUGUGGAUCAUCAGCAGAAAAGGGGUGUAUGCAACUCACUAUUGGGAGAGUAUCUCAUUUGCGCCCGAGAAAGAAUGGAGAAACCCAGGCGAAACCAAUGCUGAGGUUUUCGAACGUACUGUCAUUGAUGGCCUCAAAAGUGGAAUCGCUGUCAAAGGCAAGCCAAUGCAGGCUAGGCUCAACAGAGACGAGAUUGCGGACGACCAUAUCAAGGCUUAUCUUAUUCAUCCUCAACGAACAUGGAAAAACACGCCCGCCGCUGUUGAAGGUUAUCGAGUGCAAUGGAAUAGAAUCAAGGACACCGUGAAAGCCAUCAUACCGGAAUUGGCGUCAGAUGAUAAAUGGGAAGAAGUCAUCUACAACCGUUUUCCCCUGAUGACCAAGAGAAAAAGAAGGCUGCUCUAUGGGUUGAGAGACGGAGGUAACCAUACCAUGACGACGCCUGGGAGUAGGCACGCUGAAAUCUUGAGCUUCUCAGAAGUGGUUAUCAGGAUCCUUGAACAUCACAGCCACAUUUCAGAUUACUCGCUACAGAGGAUACCUCAUCAGGAAGAGGCGCACUGGUUCCAGGACCAUCCCUUCAAUUAG